UGAGAAGCAAAUUAUAUGUGUGUGUGUGUGUGUGUGUGUGUGUGUAAAAUAGGCUUUCAAUGUUCCUUGGUAAUCAGCUUCAUUUUAUUUCUUCUGAUAUUAAAAAAGCUUUAAAACAGUAAGAAGAAACCGAGGGAUCUCUAACAGCAAGAAUACAAAGUAAAGAAGUCCUUUUAAGUGGAUGUUUUUUUCAGAUAGAGUUAUAAAAUUUGAGGAAUGAAAUCAUUUUAUUAGGUAAGCCUUGCACAGAGAGGUAGCAAUUCUCUAUUCUCUGCCACUACACCCCCCCCCCCGACUCCCAUGUUGCACGCUGACCUUUGCCAAUCAAGGAUUUCUUUCUCCCUAGCAGCAACUGUUUUCAGCACUGUAUUGCCAGUCACUGUGCUUAUUUUGCCACUUACUUGCCAGUUUUUGAUGUGCCCCUAAUUUGAAUAUGUAAACUUGUCAGCAUGAAUAUAAAGUAGAUAUAAAUGUAUAUUUGUUACCCUAGUCAAACAAAUUUAAAAUCACAGUAUAAUAAGCAACAUGUCCAUUUGGAAUUGUUUUAAUUCUCCAUUUUAUAGAACAAAAUCAUACAACAGAAGCAUGAGACAUGCCUUCAAACAAUACAACAAUGAUGGCUUUCUUAAGCUCCCUUUACACCCUGAUUUUUCUUAUCCCAUUCCCAAAUCACUUUUCUUUCACUAAAAGGAAAGUUCUCUUUGCUGUAGGGGAGGGGAAAAACUGACAAUCUCCAAAUAACAUUUUCAAAUAAACCUUAUUUUUUGCUAGGGCAAAGACAAUGCUUCCUGUCUUUGUCCUUGACUUCCAGGAGUGACUGAAAGAUGGACUUCGCUUUUACCAUUUCAACUGAACACCCUUAGAAGUCAACAGCUACAGGAGAGGAAUCACGACGGUGGAGGAGUAGAACGUGGACCUUAUACCUCCUCCCACAAAUACAGCAAAAGUACAUCUAUGAGUGGCAUGAUUCACACUGAACAUCUACUGAAUGCUGACAGAAGACCUCAGACUUCUAAAAGGCAAAAAAACUUCCAUGUAACAAGGUCUUUGUUGCGGCACACAGGAUCUUCAUUUCAGGAUAUGACGACUGAGCCGGCAGAAAAACUGCAUCUUGUCUCAGCCUGGAGAGGAGCAUAAAGCUGAUAAAUGAAAAUUCCUCCACUCCAUUGCAAGUGAGAUUCCAACUGGAUUCCAUCAAUGAGAAGAAAUUGCAUGAGAUUUGGAAAGUAAUGGAGGAGAAGCCACUGGUUGUCAUGGUCACUCUCCUUGUAGCUGAACAACAGCCGGAGCCCACAGCGCUGCACUGAUACUACCCACUCUCUCAGGGCCUGAGGACAAGGAGCCCACCCUACCAACCUUUCGGGGAGCAGGGCAGCAGCGAUUGGGGUUUUGAAAGCUUUCAUCAGAAAGUUGUGGGCGGAAACUUCCCGGGGGUUUGCUCUGAGCUUCUUGAGGCUUCUCAGGUUGAGAUGCAGAGUGAGUGGGUGUCUCUUUGAGAAGCCGAAAGAGAGAACGAAAGAGAGGUGUUUCCCUUGGUUCUGGAAACUCUAUAAAGAGAGAACCGGCUUCUUUCUCUUGAGCAGUCAGAAAUUGGGCCUCUGCACGACUGAGGAAGAGGAAAACCCUUGGCUGGAGGCUGGCCUGAGGCAUUGGAUGCCAUGCAGCAGCCCUUGAAUUAUCCGUACCCCCCAAUCUUCUGGGUGGACAGCAGUGCCAGCUCCCCCUGGGCCUCUCCAGGGUCUGUCUUCCCCUGUCCGUCCUCAGCGCCAGGAAGGCCGGGGCAACGGAGGCCACCCCCACCGCCACCCCCACCACUGCCGCCACCGCCACCCCUGCCUCCGCUGCCGCCGCCACCUCUGAAGAAGAGGAGGGAUCACAACACAGGCCUGUGUCUCCUUGUGAUGUUUUUCAUGGUUCUGGUGGCCCUGGUUGGAUUGGGGCUGGGGAUGUUUCAGCUCUUCCAUCUACAGAAGGAGUUGGCCGAACUCAGAGAGUCCACCAGCCAAAGGCAUACAGCAUCAUCUUUGGAGAAGCAAAUAGGUCAUCCCAGUCCACCCUCUGAGAAAAAGGAACUGAAAAAAGCAGCUCAUUUAACAGGCAAGUCCAACUCAAGAUCCAUCCCUUUGGAAUGGGAAGACACCUAUGGGAUUGCCCUGGUCUCUGGGGUGAAGUACAAGGAGGGCAGCCUCGUGAUCAAUGAAACUGGGCUGUAUUUUGUGUAUUCCAAAGUGUACUUCCGGGGUCGGUCCUGCACCAACCAGCCCCUGAGCCACAAGGUCUACUCCAGGAACUUUAGGUACCCCCAGGACCUGGUGCUGAUGGAGGGGAAGAUGAUGGACUACUGCACUACUGGCAAGAUGUGGGCCCGCAGCAGCUACCUGGGGGCUGUAUUCAAUCUCACCAGUGCUGACCAUUUAUAUGUCAAUGUAUCUGAACUCUCUCUGGUCAGCUUUGAGGAAUCUAAGACAUUUUUUGGCUUAUAUAAACUCUAAGAAAAGCACUCUGGGAUUCUCUCCAUUAUGAUUCCUUGUUACAGGCCCUGAGAAUAUUGUCCUGAAUGUUUUCUUAAGUCCACUUGAGGUCAUGAGAGAAGACAUGAACCAAGAGGAUCUUGAGACUACAGAGUCCAGCAGGUCUACAGUUCCUUAUCUCACCUAAGGUCCACAAACCAGACAGGAGGACUAUGUGUAAUGAACAUGAAACUGGGCUGCCAUGUGGAGAAGCAAAGGCAGGGAAAAGUGACUACCAGUUGCUUGUGCCAGCAACUACACUCAUCUUAAGUGGCCUAGUGCAUUUGGACACAUUGAAAAUGGCACCUUUUAACUCACCUCUUGGGGUGGGUCUACUGUCUACCUCAGGGGAGGCUGUCUUUCAUGUAUAUGGAUGUGACGUGAAUGUAUAAGGGAUGGGAAAAGAGGACCAGGCUUGCAUGAUAAGCUAAAGAGACUGAAAGGCCAGUGUCCCACUGGCAGCAUCUUUAUUUCUAGAUAUACAAUCUGAGCCAUCAGGUGAUGUUAACAGAGAAGCAAAAGAAAUCUUUUGGGAACUCAAUACACUCCCUAUACAGCAUGUAUAUUUCCAGUGCAAUUGUAGGUGUGUGUGUGUGUGAGUGUGAGUGUGAGUAUGUGAUGAGAGGGUAACAUAAGCAGAAAGAAUGUGGAAAUUGGGAAGGGCAUGUUAGAAUAUGGGCUGCAUUUGGUGGUAGAUUUUGAAUGCUUUUUGGUAACUAACUCUAAUAGUCUUCAAAGCUCUUUGUCAGUUAUUAAUGUUGUUUUCCCAUAAUAUAACCAUAUUUAUAUGUA